AUGAAGUUGAAAAAGUAGACUUCGAAAAUAGAAAAAUAACUACCUAAAACAAACAAGAAAUCAUCUACGAUAAACUACUAAUAGCCUCAGGCACAAACGCACGUCACAUAAACAUAUAAGGAGCUUCUAAAGAUAAAAUAUUCACUCUUAGAGAAUAUUAAGAUAUACGAAAAACUUAAAAAAAAGCUCCAAGAAAGCCAAAAUAUAGUCAUAGUAGGUGCCUCAUUUAUUGGUUUAGAGUCUGCCUCUAGCAUAAAGGACUUUUUGAAGGACAAAAUAAACGUUAACGUAGUUGACAAUUGUAAAGUGCCUCACGAAAGGGUAUUCGGGGACGAAAUAGGUUAGGUAAUACAGAAAAUGCAUGAAUAAAACGGAAUUAAAUUCCAUUUAAAAACUGGCAUAUAAAAAAUGGAAGAUAAUAAAAUUUACCUUAAUGAUGGAUCUGUCCUUGAAGCCGAUUUGGUACUUUUAGGUGCAGGAGUUUCCCCUAAUACCGCUUUUGCUCAGAAUAUAGACAAAGAUUUCCUAGGAGGAAUCAAGACUGAUGUAUUUUUAGAAAGCUCAUAAAAAGGUGUCUUUGCAGCUGGUGAUAUAGCUAAUUAUCCCUACCAUUUCACCGGUUAAAGGGUUCGUAUUGAGCAUAUUAAUACUAGUAUAUAUUAAGGAUAUGUCGCUGCACUUAAUAUGUUAGGAAAAUAAGUCCCAGUGUAGGAAAUACCAUUCUUUUGGACUAGAUAAUGGAAUAAAUCUAUACAUUAUACUGGUUAUGGGUAAGGAUUUGACGAUGUUUUUAUAUAAGGAGAUCUUAAUAAAUUAGAGUUUAUGGCUUGGUAUAGUAUUAGAGGAAGGGUUGUGGCUUUCGCGGCUAUGAAUAAAGGACCUGUAGCUAUGGUUGUUAAUGAAGCCAUGAAAUAAAAUGUUUUACCUAGCAUGUAGGAUAUUAAAGAAGGGAAAGUUAAUAUCGAGGACAUUAAAAAAAGUGUCGAAAAAAGAGGAAGCUUUUGUAAAUGUUAGAGAAUGGAUAAAUGUUGUGGAGUAAAAGCAAAAAUUUGA